UUAAUCGUUGUGAAUCGGUUGUACAGACUGUGCAGUGCUGUAUUGUGUUCGAAAAAGAAGAAGUGAAGUGGUUGGGAUCAUGCGCGGAGUGGUCCUUGCGACGUUGGCGGCCGUCGUGUUGGCGCACGGAUUGAGCGUCCGGAACGACGAUGGUCACGAUCAUGGGGAGUCGGACUGGUGGGAAGGUGGAGUGUUUUACCAGAUUUAUCCGAGGUCGUUCAAAGACAGUGACGGGGAUGGUGUUGGUGAUAUCAAGGGAAUUACGGAGCAGUUGGACCACUUGAAGGAUCUGGGUGUGGAUGGAGUGUGGUUUAGUCCGCUGUUCAAGUCACCGAUGGCGGACUUUGGGUACGACAUUUCCGACUUCCGGGAUGUGGAUCCGAUCUUUGGUACGAUGGAAGAUUUGGACGCGUUGUUGGCGAAAUCGAAGGAGAUUGGAGUGAAGGUUAUUCUGGACUUUGUACCGAAUCAUAGCAGUGAUGAGCACGAGUGGUUCGAGAAGGCAAAGCAGGGUGAUCCAAAGUACAGGGACUAUUACGUGUGGCGUGAAGGACGUCGGAUCGGUAUGGAGUAUAUGCCGCCGACCAAUUGGGUUGCGGUGUUCCACACCCCGGCUUGGACGAAGCUUGACGGUGAAACUCACUACUACCUGCAUCAGUUCGAUAAGAAGCAGCCAGACCUGAACUAUCGCAAUGCUGAGGUCAAGAAGGAAAUGGAUGAUAUGAUUAGGUUUUGGCUGGAUAAGGGCGUUGACGGGUUCCGGAUUGAUGCGAUCAACCACGUUUACGAGGAUCCGGACUUCCAAGAUGAAGCUAUCAUCGAUGAGAAUCUUCCACCGUCUUAUGGAAACAUGUAUCAUAAUCUUACUAAGGAUUUGGAAGAAAACUACGAAAUAAUCUACUCUUGGCGCGAAAUUUUCGAUUCGUACAAGGAAAAGGACGGCCACACUCGCUUCAUGAUGACCGAGGCGUACGCUUCGCUCGAGGAUCUGAUGAAGUGGUUCGGCACCGAGCAACGGCGGGGAUCGCACAUGCCGUUCAACUUUGACUUUAUCAUGUCGAUCAACAGUGGUUCGCUGGCCGACGACUACAAGAGGCUGAUUGAUGAAUGGAUCGCCGCUAUGCCGAGCUUCGGUAGCCCGAACUGGGUGCUCGGUAAUCAUGACCGUCCACGAGUUGCUUCGCGAUAUGGACGCGAUCGCGCCGCCGGAAUGGCCAUUAUGGAGAUGACUCUGCCGGGAAUCGCUGUGGUUUACUACGGUGAGGAGAUUGGUAUGGAAGAUAAUCGCGAUAUCACCUGGGAAGAUACGCAGGAUCCUCAGGCGUGCAACACCAACCGAGAUGUAUUCCAAGAACAUACCAGAGAUCCAGUUCGAACGCCAUUCCAGUGGGACUCCUCGAAGCAUGCUGGAUUCUCACCUGAAAACGCAAUCGAUACGUGGCUGCCAGUUCAUCCAAACUACGAGGAAAUCAACCUGGCUGCCCAGAAGGAAGACCCCAACAGCAUGUUCAAGCUGUACCAGAAGCUGAUCCAGCUGCGCAAGGGUCAUACCUUCCGACACGGUGACCUGAAGACGUUCGUCCUCACCAACAACGUGUUUGCCUUCACCCGAAGCCUCAAGGAUCACCAGACCUAUGCCGUGGCGGUGAACGUCAACCCGUUCGACGUGGAUUUGAACUUGAAGGAUCUGGGCGAAGAGGUUGGUAAGGUUAAGGUAGUGAUCAGUUCGCUGGAUUCGGACAUGAAGGAGGGUGAUCAGUAUGAUGAUGUGCAGAACCUGGUGCUCGGCAGGUACGACACAGUCGUGUUUGAGCUUCUGCCCAGUGGCGGUGCCAUUGUCCAAGUUUCAGUGCUGCUUCUGAUUGCUUCAGUGCUGCGAAACAUUUUCGCGUAGAUUAUAAGACUGGUUACAUAAGAACGAUAACUAAGUAUGCUCUAAUAAAAUUGUGAUACUCCAAUAA